UGAUUUCGUUUGUUCCGAAAUCCUUUUCCACUAUGUUGUGAACGGAGUUGCAGCCCUCUCUCCUUGGUCCGAAUUCAGAAACGGAGAAAUUUCUGAAGUUUUUCCGCAAUCAAAUGCAUGGAGGAGGAGAAGAACCCAAGGAAGAGGCCACUGGAGCUAGACAUGGACGCCCUCUUGGACAGAAACGAUGACGCAGAGCCGCUGCAGUUGCUGAUUGUGAACACUCGGGAGCCGCCGCCAAAACCAUCGCCAAUGGCAAUGGACCACCAGCCGAAAGAUGACUUCUCGAGAGUAUCCGAUCGCGACCUUGAAGAGCAGAUUAAGAGGCAGAAGCGCAAUAUCCAGACGAUUGGCAAACGUUUGCGCGACGGUGGCGAGAAGCUUCGGGCGACCAUUAAGGCGCUCGAGAAGGAAUGCGAGCGGAGGAGGCUUCAACGCGCCGUUCAAGUGGAUGCUGAUGGAUGUGAGAAGGCCUCGCAAUCCACGAGCUCAGGUGCUUUAGAGAGCAGCACACGAGAUACAUCAUCUCAUCUAUGGUCGCAAUCCUCAUUUGCCUCUCAUUUCAGCAAAAAGAUGGAAGAGAAGACAGAUUGUAGGGUGGCUAAUGCAUUUGACAACGAAUUAUCAAUUUUGGGUCAUUGUGACCGAAGUAAAACAAAAUCUAAUGGAGACUUAUCGCAAAGGGAAAGACAAAAGGAUCGGUCAUCAUCAAGGCAAUUGCCUUUUGGAUGUGCCAGCAGUCUUUCUCAUAGUGGAAAGAAACAUCUCAAGUCUUAUAGUGACCAUAAAGGCAGAGCUUCUUCCUUGUAUCCCUUCAACCAUAGCUGUGACCAGCCCUCCAGUUGUUCUCCCAGGGAGAAGGGCAUCUUUGGAGUCUGGUCUUCAAAUGGUUUGAGGUCUAGAAAGGGGCAGACUGUUGUUCUUUCAGACGACGAGGAACCUGAAGUUGUAGAAACCACAGAGCAAGCAGACAAACUUGAUGAAAGUAUGAAGGAUGCUAAGAUCUACUAUCCAUCGAGGGACGAUCCAGCAUCUGUGGAAAUUUGUUAUACAGAUAUAAAUUGCCUCGGCCCUGAAGCCUAUUUAACAUCGCCUAUAAUGAAUUUCUACAUCCAAUAUUUACAGCGGCAAGUGUCUCCAGCGAAUAGGGCAAUAUGUGAUUAUUAUCAUUUUUUUAGUACUUACUUCUAUAAGAAGCUCAAAGAGGCUGUGUCAUACCAGGGGAGUGACAAAGAAUCUUUCUUUAUCAAGUUCAGAAGGUGGUGGAAAGGUGUCAAUAUAUUUCAGAAGGCCUACAUACUUAUUCCAGUACAUGAAGAUGUUCAUUGGAGCUUGGUCAUUAUUUGCAUUCCAGACAAGGAAGAUGAAUCGGGGCCAAUUAUACUUCAUUUAGAUUCAUUGGGACUGCACUGCAGCAGAGCAAUUUUUGAGACCAUUAAACGCUUUCUGAAAGAAGAAUGGAAUUAUUUAAAUUCAGAAGUUGCUCCUUCAGAUAUUCCGAUUGGAGAAAGAAUAUGGAAAAAUCUACCGCGUAGGAUUGAUGACAAAAUUAUCACAGUUCCCCAACAGAAAAAUGACUAUGAUUGUGGACUGUUUGUACUCUUUUUCAUGAAGCGCUUCAUUGAAGAGGCACCAGAAAGACUCAACAAGAAAGAUUUAGCAAUGUUUGGCAAGCAGUGGUUCAAACCUGAAGAGGCCUCUGGUUUAAGAAAGAAAAUCAGAAAUUUACUUUUGGAAGAAUUCAAAAAGGUGAGCUAAGCAAGCAGGCUGUAUUCCAGAGUCCUCUCCAAUUGUCCUGGGGUGGUUCCAGCAUGAAUCUGCUGCAAAUGUGAGUACAAGGUAGACCAGUGGAUUUUGGUUGCCAUCAUGUAUAGCUAGCAUAGUUGACGCAAAUGCAUUGCCGCUGACCUCAAUAAAUUGCCAAUGCCUGGACCAAACGUGUAAAGAACGUGUGUUUAGUUUUGUAUAGUCUGAAAUGUUGGUCCAAACUAUAUUACCCUAAGGGAGAAAAAAGGGCAUCAGUUUUUUUUUCCCGGAAAUGAAUUCUCAUCAUUUUUUAUGAUUUGGAGGAAAAUUGAUAUAGUGAUGGUGGUUCUUAAAGACUAUCCACCAUUAUCUUUUACUGUAUUGAGGUUUUUCAGUUCCACGUAAAUUAAAUGGAAUGCACUGUGAAAGAUUACACUGGCAGGAAAUGAUAAUUGUCAUUUGUUUUUGAGCA